AUGUCGAACUCCGCGCGAUCGACGGCGCGGCUGGAGAAGCGGAUGACGGACGCAUUAGCGGCGAGACAUAAGACCGUGAAGAAGGUUCCGAAGAACUUCGACGCGUUCGUGCUCAAGUUCCCGAGAAUCAACGCGGCGCUCGAGCUGCUCCAAGAGGUGUACGACAAAAUCGUGCCCGAGGGCAAAGAAGGCAUGUCCAUGGACGAGUUAAAGGCCGCGCUCGCACAGCUGGAGGUGACAGUGAGCGAAGAGGAGCUGAAGGCCAUAUUCGAGCAGGCGGAGUUUGACCCUUCGUCUGGUGAAGGGUCGGACACUGUUCCAGCGGUGGAGGACACAGUGGUGUGCUUCAAUGCGUUCGUGCUGUGCCUAGGCAUUGUGUUCCUGCUUGAGUCGGCUGACAGCGAGCAGAAGUCACGCCUUGGCACAGGAGACAUCAAUGCGGCGUUUCAAAUAAUAGUGGAUGCGUUUAUUUACUUUGAUGAGGACCACGACGGGCAGCUCACGCGGGAGGAGAUUGAAAAGGGUUUCAGCAGCCACAACACGCUCAAGGAGGGCACGCUUCUCCGCAACAUCUCCAUGCGCAUGCGUACGUUCUUGCUCAAACCCUGCGUCCCAGUAUCCUGCUCUACAAGGAGCCAUUUAGUCAAGAUGGUCAGAAUUAGCGUUCUUAACGAUGCGCUCAAGAGCAUGUACAACGCGGAGAAGCGCGGGAAGCGGCAGGUGCUGAUCCGCCCCAGCUCCAAGGUCAUCAUCAAGUUCCUCACUGUCAUGCAGCGACACGGUUACAUCGGCGAGUUCGAGCUGGUGGACGACAGGCGGGCGGGCAAGAUUGUCGUGGAGCUGAACGGACGGCUGAACAAGUGCGGCGUGAUCAGCCCGCGUUACGAUAUCGCUGUCGGCGAUAUUGAGAACUGGACCGAGCGCCUGCUGCCCUCCCGUCAGUUCGGUUACAUUGUGCUCACCACGUCUAGCGGCAUCAUGGACCACGAUGAGGCCAGGCGGAAGAACGUGGGAGGCAAGGCGGUUUUCCACUGCACCACUCGUGCAGCUUAUGCUUCUUCCGUCCCGUUCUUCCCCCCACACCACCACCACCCUCCCGUCCUGAUCAUCAAUUCUUCAACCCCCACCCCUCGUCGUGCCCCCACCGCCCUCCAGGUGGUUUUCCACUGCACCACUCGUGCAGCUUCGGGCCACAUAUGUGAUUCCACCCGAGCCGAACACGGAGGGUCGGGGCGGCCGCGGCGAGUGGUGGUGGGGGAGAGCUGGCUGGUGGCAGCACUGGAGCAUGGACUGUCCACCAUGCGCGAGGGCGAGGUGGCACUGUUCAAAGCAGAGCCCUCAGCCCAUUACAGCGACCCUGCCUGCCAGAUAAAGCCUCCCCCAGGCGUGCCUGCGGAUGAGGAGCUGCAGCUGGAGGUGGAGGUGGUAUCUGCGGCUGCUGUGUGGGUGCUGGCGGGGAAGCGAGAGAAGAAGGAGGGUGGUGCAGAGGGAGAGGGGGAGGAGGGGAAGGAGGAGGAAGUGGAGGAUAGUGUGUGUGGGUAUGAGGAAGACGAGCGGUUUAUCACGAAACAGACGGUUGAAGAGGGCAGAGGGUGGGAGCAGCCGAGGCCGCCUUAUGAAGUCAAGAUACGGCUGGAAGCUCGCCCUCUGGGCUCUUCAACGCCCUUCUAUGCAGCUGGCACGGACUCCUCCACCCCCCUGCACCUCGCCCUCGGCUCAGCUCGGCUCCCGCCAGCUCUCGAUCUGGCUCUCUCUCACAUGCUCACAGGGGAAAAAGCGGUCGUAUUCGCCUCCGCCCCCCACACCAUCCCCCCUCCGCCCGACACCCCUCUCCCUCCACCACCUCCUGCCAUUGCCCCUGCUCGGGGAACUGCCGAGCCUGACGCUGGGAGUGCCGAGGCUGAGGCUGGGAGUGCCGAGGCUGGGAGGCUCGGGCUGGCUGUUCCGGUUGUGGUGGUGCCGGCGCCGCCAGAGGGGGUGGUGGAUGUGGAGUAUCAUGUGGAGCUGGUUAAGAUCGUUCAGGUGCGAGAUGUGUUGGGCAACGGGUGUGUGAUCAAGAGAAGGCUUCAAGACGGGACAGGCGACUUCCCCAUGGACUGCCCGCUGCAGGACUGUGUGGUGCACGUGCACAUGCGGGGCACCCUGCCGGACCAGGGCGGUUCUGAGUUCAUGGACACACGCAAAGGGGGCGAGGGGGAGGGGGAAGGCGAGCCACUUCAAAUCGGCACUGGGGAAGGCAGGCUGCCAGAGGCACUAGAGGCGAGCAUUCGCCUGAUGCUCCCUGGAGAGGUGGCGCUGGUCUCCAGCACGGCGCAAUUCGCCUAUGACUCCUUCCCCAGGCCUGAUGGGGUACCGGAGGGUGCGAGGGUGCAGUGGGAGGUGGAGCUGUUUGGAUUCGAGCGGCCCAAGGGCUGGGAGGGGCUGUCGUUCGAAGAGAUCAUUGCGGAGAUUGACAAGGCCAAGCAGCUGGGAAACACUCUAUACAAGGAGAAGAAGUACAGCCAUGCUUGCAGCAAAUACGACAGGCUCUUGCGGGAGAUGAGGCAUGUGCACCCCAAGGAGGGCGAGGAGACGAAGCAAUUCAACUCUGUGCAGACCGCUCUGCAGCUGAACGUGGCGGCAUGUCAGCAUGGCAUGGGGGAGUAUGCGCGGGCUAUAGAAUGGGCCGACAAGGUGCUCACAGAGCAGCCCAACCAUGCCAAGGCGCUGUACCGGAGAGCACUGGCUCGCAUGCGCUCCGCUGCCUUCGACGAAGCAAGGGCCGACCUUCAACGGAUGCUGAAGGCAGACCCAUCCACACAGGCAGAUGCUACUGCUGCUCUUGCAAAGCUCAAGAAGAUGGAAGAGGAAGCGGAGGGUCGGCAGCGCAGAGAGCUGGGCGGCUGGUUUGACCGCAAGCCCGGCACUGUGAGGCGGGCUGCAAGGAAGGCAGCAGCCGCUCUGUCUGGGGAUACGGGUGCUUCUGCUGACGGUGACAGUAGCCAAAGUGACAAUGAGGAGAGGCGUGAUAAUGGUGGUGGUGUUGAGGGGGAUGGAAUGGGAGGAGAUGAGGAGGAAUCGGAGCUCCUAGGGGCAUUUACCCCCGUGAAAAGAACAGCGCUGCUUACCAUCAACUUCUCUUGGGCAGUGCCCUCCCUGUUUUCCUCUCCCUUUCCCCCUGUCCUCCUCUCCCUUUCCCCCUGUCCUCCUCUCCCUUUCCCCCUGUCCUCCUCUCCCUUUCCCCCUGUCCUCCUCUCCCUUUCCCCCUGUCCUCCUCUCCCUUUCCCCCUGUCCUCCUCUCCCUUUCCCCCUGUCCUCCUCUCCCUUUCCCCCUGUCCUCCUCUCCCUUUCCCCCUGUCCUCCUCUCCAUUUCCCCCUGUCCUCCUCUCCCUUUCCCCCUGUCCUCCUCUCCCUUUCCCCCUGUCCUCCUCUCCCUUUCCCCCUGUCCUCCUCUCCCUUUCCCCCUGUCCUUCUCUCCCUUUCCCCCUGUCCUCUCCAUUUCCCCCUGUCCUCCUCUCCAUUUCCCCCUAUCCUUCUCUCCCUUUCCCCCUGUCCUCCUCUCCCUUUCCCCCUGUCCUUCUCUCCCUUUCCCCCUGUCCUCCUCUCCCUUUCCCCCUGUCCUUCUCUCCCUUUCCCCCUGUCCUCCUCUCCAUUUCCCCCUGUCCUCCUCUCCCUUUCCCCCUGUCCUCUCCCUUUCCCCCUGUCCUCCUCUCCAUUUCCCUCUGUCCUCCUCUCCCUUUCCCCCUGUCCUCCUCUCCCUUUCCCCCUGUCCUCCUCUCCCUUUCCCCCUGUCCUCCUCUCCCUUUCCCCCUGUCCUCCUCUCCCUUUCCCCCUGUCCUCCUCUCCAUUUCCCCCUGUCCUCCUCUCCAUUUCCCCCUGUCAUCCUCUCCCUUUCCCCCUGUCCUCCUCUCCCUUUCCCCCAGUCCUCCUCUCCAUUUCCCCCUGUCCUUCUCUCCCUUUCCCCCUGUCCUUCUCUCCCUUUCCCCCUGUCCUUCCCUCCCACCUUUCCUCCCCCUCUCUCACAUCCCUUCCCUUUCCUACUGUCCUCUCCCACCAUUCACGCUUCUCUCAGCCAUCCCUUUCCCCCCUCCCCUGCCCCUCGCCUUCCCCCACUACCGUCCCUUCCCUUUCCACUACGUUCUCUCGUUCAAUUCAGCCAACACUUCCACCUCCUUCUCUCCCUGCCUUCCAGACAUUUUUUCUAAGCCAUCGGUGUCGCAGCGGCAUUCUGUCAGUUGGCAUUCCGUCAUUUCGAAUCACAUGGCGCUCGAUUGGGCCAAAGCGUUGCGCCAGGCGGCCAAGAUCCGCUCGUCCGCGCACCACCAAUGGAGCCCCGACUGCGCGGCGGCGGAAAGCAGCGGGCUUUCCGCCAGUGGCGGGCUUUCCGCCAACUCUCUCCCCGCGUGCCCCGCGCCGUGGGCGCUCUCCCCCGCCACCCCCUCGUCGUCCACGUCGGAGGGAGACAGCGCCGUAACGGUUACCAACGGAUGCAAGCCUUUCGCUGCGGCGAAAAAGCUCUCCGUCUCGCUUUCCGCGCAGCCAUCCGCGCAGCUCUCCGCGCAGGCCCCCUCCCCCGCCCGCCGCGCAAGCUCACGCCGCGGCAGACAUGCAGCACCGAUGCAAGUUCCGCCACUAGCCAGUCCUUCGACAGGUAGUUGCUCCUAUCGCGGGCGUGGGGCGGCGGCGGCGGAAGCCGCGAGUCCGCGGAGCGCUUCGUGGGUGGGCGCGGCGGUCGAGAUCCCGCAGGGAGCCAGCGGAGCGCCGCCGUCCUUCACGGCGGUGUCGCCCUUGCUUCUUCCGCCGAAUGCCGCGAAUGGCGCAGCGGAUGUCCCCGCCGUUCACCUCUCCUCUUCGCGCAAAGCAGCUCUCGCUCGGCGCGCAAAAAUACCCGCUUCCCCCCCUGCAGCUGCUGCCGCCGCGUCGCCAUCCGCGGCGGAGGUGGAGAUGGCGCUCAAUGAUUGGUUGACGAAUGUUCUUGCGCCGGCUCUUGCGGCUGGUGGGGCGGCAAGCGGCAAUGCGGCUGCGGCUCGGGCAUCAAUCAAUAAACCGUUAACUGAUAUGUCUGCCGGUUUCCAACUUGGAUCUUCCGCAUCCGCCUCCAUUGCGCCUCCCCCGCCUUUUUCCGCGUCCCCGGCCAAUAGGAUCGCGGAGCAGCUGGUCGGGCAAUGGCGGAAGGCGCAACAGCUUCCCCGCGUGCCCGCAUCCACGCCACCUGCGCCGGCGGCGGUGCAGGCGCCGGCGGAAGCGCCCGCGCCGUUCCUGGCCCGACCGUCCUUCCCCCGAACGUCCUGCUCCGCCUCAGCCCCGUCCCCGUUCGGCGGACCGCAGUGCAGCCCGGUCGCGCCGCCUCCGCCAGUCACACAGGCUGGCAAUGCGCCCGCGCAUGUGCCGGCGCAUGCGCCAGUCCACGCGCCCGCGCAGCCCUUGUCUCCGCCUGAGGCGCAUUCCGCGCGCGGAGGCAACGACUCGCCGGAAGAUGCCUUCUGUCCGCUCGCCUUCCUGGCAGGCGACCUUGACGAGUGCGAUCCAGUGAAACCUCAGGUGAUUCUGCAAGACGUGGCGGAUGCGAAGGGAAAGCUGUCUGGAGAUGGGGGGAUGGAGGGCUGCGCGGGUUUGUUUCUCUCCGCCACCCAUGACGUGCGGGGCGCGGCGCAGACCGGAGGGGGGAAAUGCGCGGAAGAGGGGGAGUCCCUGGAGGAGCUAGCCGCACAGGAUAUUGACUGGCAGUCCCUGCUUGCACCCUGGGAGCCGGCUUCAGGUGGUUCUUCAGGUGCUCCGGAUUCGGAAGUCGCAGACCCAGUUGAAAACGGCAGUGGAGUUGCAGCGGUGGAAAAUAACGGGCCCAAUGAUUGCCCUAGUGCGAACAGUCAAGUGGUUGCUACAGGAUAUGGUGACCUGGCGCCCAUGUGGCAUGCUGACGUGGCGGAUCUGUGCAUGGGAGUGCCAGCAUGGAUUUCGCAUGAGGAUAUGGACGGUCUGCACCAGUGGGACUCCCACAGCUAUGAGGAGCAUCUGCACUUGGCUAAGCGCCAACGCUUAGUCUAA